AUGGAAAACUACACCUACAACAGCUACACACUCCAACUGGAGGGGUUAACUGUUUCUAAAGAGUCUACGUACCCUGUCUUUCUCUUUUUCUUUUUCUCCUACCUGUUCAUAAUGAUUGCAAAUGUAGGUAUUGCUGUUCUGGUUUUCAUUGACACAAAUCUUCACCAGCCCAUGUAUGUCCUUUUUUGUAACCUGACCUUAAAUGAUGUACUUGGAAAUUCUAUCAUGGUGCCUCGUUUGCUUUUAGACAUGUUGCGUCCUCCCUCUGAGCGCAUCAUCAGUUAUUAUGAAUGUGUAGUACAAGCUUUUACAACACAUAUGUUUGGCACCACUUCCCACACAGUGCUCAUGAUUAUGGCCUUUGACAGAUAUGUGGCCAUCUGCAAUCCCCUGCGCUAUGCUGCCAUAAUGACCAACAAAAUGGUGAUCAAGCUGACAGUUUCUGCCUGGGGACUGGCCUUAGUGUUGGUCGGGAUUCUGCUCGGCCUGACCAUACGGCUGAACCGAUGCAGGACUCUGAUCCAAAGUCCUUACUGUGACAAUGCUUCACUGUUUAAACUCUCCUGCGAGGAUGUGUCUAUUAAUAAUGCCUAUGGCCUCGCUUUCACUGUAGUUCUGUUCACAGGUUCUAUAGGCUGCAUGGUUCUCACCUAUACUAAGAUUACAGUAGUGUGUCUCACCAGUAAUAACAAGUCUUUGAACAGUAAAGCCUUGAAGACCUGCAGCACCCAUCUGGUUGUGUAUCUGAUUAUGGCAUUUAGUGGAAUGUCUAACAUCGUUCUGCAUCGCUUCCCUCAGUACACAACCUACAGGAAACUCAGUAUGAUUUUGUUUCAUAUUAUCCCUGGCAGCCUGAACCCCAUUAUUUAUGGUUUGCAGUCCAAAGAGAUACGAAGAUUCUUGUCCAAUUUGAAGUUCAAUAAAGUAUUACCAUCAUUGUAA